AUGCCUCAGCUGCGCUCGGUGCAGGAGGAGAUGGACUGCCUGGAGGAGGAGAAGGAGAGUGAGCUGGCUGAGGCGCAGGAGGAGCUGCGCACGGCCCAGGAGGAGGUGCUGCUGCUGCAGCAGGCGGCGGAGGAGGCGGCGGGGGAGCGGGAGAACGACAUUGCCUCGCUGCAGGAGGAGCUGUGCCGCCUGAGGGCGGAGCUGCAGCGCCUGGGUGAAGAGGCCAUGGAGUACGAGCUGGAGAUCACCACCCUGCGCGCCGAGAUCAGCAUGAAGAGCCAACGCCGCGAGGUGGAGAGGAGAGAAGGUGACGUGGACCUGCUGAAGGAGGAGUGCAACACGCUGAGGGAGGAGUGUGUGACACUGAAGGAGGACAACAGCCGUCUGUCCGACCGGCUGCAGCAGCUGCAGCGGCAGAGGACCAGCUCCAGCAGUGUGUACCUGUCUCUGAGAGAGGAAGGUGAGGGCACGGAGGGCCCGGACAUGGAGGCUGGCACGGAGGAAGGCGUGAACGAGAGCUACAUGACCAUGGCCCAGUCUACAGGCACCAACUGUCACCAGGUCGAUGCCUCCAUCCAGAAGAACAUCUCCUUUGAUGGGAAACCCAUGACCCCCACUGGUUGGAACGGGGGCUUUGGGGAGAUCUUCUCUCUGAGGGACCAGCUUAAGCAGGCGGAAGAACGGGCUUCUCAGGUCCAGAGGGAGUGUGAGGGUCUGAAGACAGAGCUGGAGGAGCUGCAGGCGCUGUACGACUGCAGCCAGAGGGAGAGAGCUGUGCUGGAGGACGAGCUGCAGCUCUGCAAGGCGGAGCUGGAGAAGCUCUCUGGGGAGCGGGGACAGAGCUUCAUCCAUCCGUCUGAGCACCCUGUUCUCUCCAUCCCCUUCAUAGGAAUGAUUGUGAUAGUGGCUGUGGUUUGGUGCUGGUUAUCGGAGCUGGCGUCCCAGAGAGCAAGGGGAGUGAGAUAGACUGGAGCCCCAUCCUUACUGUCACUACGGCAACGGCAGUGCUAUUGAUCACGGCCAGCCUGUUGAGAGCCCUGUCCCGGUAUUGAGCACAUCCACAAGAACUGUACCGAAGGUCUGCACUUUAUAGACCACCCUCCAUCCCACCUGCCCUCUGAAAUGGAUGCCUAAAACCCACUUGGCACCAUGUUUUCUGAUCGAUUGCCAGGAGGCAAUAGAAGACCACGAAACAUGAACUCUAGAAAAGAGGGAGAGUAGGAGCACCAUAGGAAAGAUGAAGAAGGCGGUCUCCUCUUCUCCUGGUCUUGGAGACGAGUGACAAGGGAACUAGGAUCGGAGGGGUGUCAUUUCCUCGCAUCUCUGUCCCAUCAGCUCGUGUCUCUGUGUUCAUAGAUUCAAGUUCUUGGCGAUGGGGCUGGAUUACGUUUCUGAGAAUGAAUGUAUGUCAUAACUAUCAUACAAACAUAUUUAACGAUUAUUUAUUUGUAAUGUUUAUUUUUUGUGUUAUUUUCUUUUGACUGAGCAGCGUACUUCUGCAUCAUACACAUUUGCUGCAUUGAAGUAGUUACCGUCUUAUAUUUUGUAAAUAUCUUUAUGGGUAGCAGUAUGUGUAAUUAUUUAUGAGUAUAUCAAAAACCCUAAUGUCUAGAAAUGCAUGUAUGUGACAUAGUUCCAUCUUUACUCUAAAAUGAGCUACAAUAACACCAACCCCACCCAAUGCUUCUCCCUAAGUAUUUAAUGCAAUACCUUCAAAUGACAUGCAUAUAGCGCAUACAUUCUUUGACAUACAAUUUAGCCUGAAGGAAAGUUUCUUAAAAACCACAUAUUUUCCUUUUCUGCUUAUUGCAACACUUUUUACCCAUGAUCAAUUGUUCAAAUUCUCUUUGCUCUGCUUUUUGCCUCAGCAUGGCUCAGUAUGUGACGUUUGCUCCACUAAGCACUGGCCAAUCCCAGGUCUUUUUCAGGCCUAUGUUUAAACGUGACCUCACCCAGCAGGGAGGUGCCAGUACUUGGUUUCAGAGUGUGCUGUAUUGACUGUGCUUAGCCUAGGGACCUGUCAGUUAGUCUAGCUUCUGCAUUUUCACCCCAUGACUCAUCUUAAAUAUGUAAACAGAAAUGCAGGACACACCUGAUGUAUACUCCUAGGCCAUACAAGUCUGCCCACAUGCCCGACCAGGGGUGUGUAGAGUGAUUGGGUUAGUUCACCUGUGGAAACAAUUUAGGGACAUCUUGAAUCAUAACCAUCUGCUGUGUUUUUAAUGCAGAGUUUUGAAAACAUAUUCCACAUAGGGAGCAGUGAAAGGACAUGUCCAUUGUAUGUUUCCAAAUAUAGCACAACAACGCCAACUGACAAAUGGAGAAAUAGAACUGCAAGGACUUUGCGUAACGAGUCCCCUGUGAAAUGUUAGGGAUGUUUUUUUCUCACCAGUGCAGAUUGGACCAGGUUCAUGCCAUGAGAAUGUUGACAGUUAGCAUGUCACAGUUUUUAAUGGUUUAUGCCAUGCGUGACGAGUGUAAUGAUAUUGGUGUCCAACCACACUAAGACAUUAUAAUCCUGCUAUUCAGCUUUGAUAGUAGUUGAAGUAUACAGUAUGAUUGCAAAAGGCAUUGUGUCAUGGAGCAUGCUGAUUGUAUUGGAAGGGACUUAUUUAGAUUUUGUUAAGAACAAGUAUAAUGUGACUGAAUAUAAUUUUUCUGCUAGCUGUCUAAUGAACAAGUACAGGGCCACACUUUUGCAUUGACUCCCUGUUUAGAUGUGUGCCAAUGCCUUUUGAAACUCAAUAAAAAAUGACUUUAGAUUUGCAUGUUACAUAUAGCAGAAUAAUAGUUUGUUUGGUAAGAUGUUUAUGUUGCCCUUAUGUUAUUACUGAUUUCAUGUAUAAUAGUCAGUCAAAUUGUAUAGUAUCAUUCAUUGGAGAGACAUUUCUAAAAACGGUCUCCAUUUGUACUAGCUUUGUAGAAAGUUGAUCUAUUUUGAGAGAGCAGUGUAUAUUUGAUAGCUAAAUGAUGCUAUGUAAAUGUUUAUUUAUGACUAUUUCCUUCAUGAGAACUGGUCGUUUUAAAUGCUUCUUUGUUCAGUAGAGUAGUCAAAGCAUGCAGUAGAGGAUGCAUUCAGUCUUAGUUGCCGGUAAAAAUCCUGUACUUUUAAUAUGGAAUACAUCCCCAAAAAAGCAAUAUCAGCCUUGUUCUUGCCCUAAAUAUCCUAAUGUAGUUUGAUAUCUUUUCUGUAAGUCAUUUAGUCCUUUAAAACAUGUUUUUCUCUUUAACAAGGGAGGUCACUUAGCUGUUGUUCCAUCUACAGGCUUGAUUUAUGGAAAUGACAAACGGUAGCCUAUAUGUGUGCAUACCCACCUGUGUGAAUAUGAAUGUUGUUCCCUUCAGGUAUCAUGAGAUUAAGUAUACCACAAGGUCUUUCUCAGCUUGCUGCUUUGCCAGUGUUCCCUAUUGCUGUGUGUUUGGGAUAUAGUUGUGGCUAUUUUGUUACCUGGAGGUCUAUUUUGUACUGUAAAUGAUUUGAAAAAUAAAUACAGUUAAUAUCAC